GCCACUUCCCCUCAUUAAGCCAUGGAGUCCAACCCUUCUUCUCCUUCUUCCCACACACACCCAAACCAUGGCGGACCGAGACCGAGAUCGAGACCGAGACCGUGACCGUGACAGACCCCGAGACAAAGACCGUGACCGAGACCGAGACCGAGACCGAGAUAGGGAACGACGACGAGAUAGGGAUGACCGGGAACGUGAUCGCGACCGGGUUGGCCGCAGCAAAAGGUCGCGGACCCCCGAACGCAGCAGAUCCCGCCACGCCCGCUCUCCUGAUCGGUCUCGCUCCCGCUCCCCGGUCGACGACCGCUCCCACCGUCGCCGCCACCGUCACCACAACCGGACUCCGUCUCCUGAGUCCCGGAAGCGCAACCGUCGCGAGUCGACGGCCGAGGAUGAUAAAGAGCGUGAAAGGCAGAAGGCGGCUGUGUCUGACUUCGUUGAGGGGAUAGUCAGGGAGCAGCAGAAGCAGAGCGCCGGUAACGACGGCGGAGAGGUUGAGGUGGACGAAGGCCCUAACGAGGAUGAGAUUGAGAUGAUGAAGAAGCUUGGGAUUCCCGUCGGGUUUGACUCCACCAAGGGGAAGCAGGUUCCUGGAGCCGACGUGAGCGGCAUCAGACCCGUGACUAAGCGCCAGCCUCGGCAGUACAUGAACCGCCGUGGAGGUUUCAACCGCCCAUUGCCAGCCGAGCGCAACCGCUAGACUGAUGGCUGUAGGCCUGCUCCCAAUAUCAACCAGAAGCUUGAAAGCCAACAACUAAGAAACAUUUAGAGACAGCCAUGUAAGACUGAGUUUUUUGUUUUGUUUUAAAAUACAAUGCCUUUCAUAUGAGUAGCUAGCUACUUUUGAGACAGGUUUUUUUGCCGCAGUAUUGGACAGUUGAACACUUGAACUUGGUUUAUUUUAAGUAGCAUUAUAGUAAUGGAUAUUGAAAAUAGAAGUAGCAAAGCAA